CGCCCUUCCCGUUCGCUGUGGCUGUAGGUCCCCCCGCAGAUGGUUUGGGGUCCCGGGUGUUUGGGGUGGGGAAUGGAAAAAGCACCCCCAUCCCAAUUCCUAUUAUAAAAAAGGUGGGGAGCAUUGAAGACGAUCCAGAAGGUGGUGUACCGGCUCCUUCUACCUCCUCCCCACCACAACAUCAUUUUUUCUGAACAUGAAAUAUUCUGAGCUGAGCCCGUAGUUGGAAAGCCCGCCCUUAAGAGAGAGAGAGACAGAGACUUGGUCGGUUGGACUCCGGUUUGAUUGUAUAAUAAUGAUGAUAUAAUGCUAAUGACGAUGAUGACACCGCCUUUUAUUUUUACCCCGGUGCUGAUAAAGCAUAGCCACAGCUGGGGAUAAAGCCCUUGAAAUUUUGAUGGGUGAGGAGGGAUAUGCUGUUGCUUUUGGAGUUGUGGUUUUUAUUUGGAAAGACAGGCUUUUUUUUUUUUUUUUUUUUUUUUUUUUUUUUUAGAAUUAAAAUUAGGCAAUAGGUAGCCUGACUUUUUAAAGUCCCAUAUAGCCAAUGGUAGUAAAAUGGAUACCAGGCUGCUGCCUUGACUAAUGAAAAGCUAAACGCUUUUACUUGGGUAUAAUUCCAUGAGUUAAGUCUCCCUUUUCCUUUGAAUUUCUCAACAGAUCUUUUUAAAAAAAUGAAGAAGUUUAAUUUCCGGAAAGUUUUGGAUGGCUUAACUGCCUCCUCCCCUGGCAGUGGGAGCAGCAGCGGCAGUAACAGUGGCGGUGGGGCUGGAAGCGGUGCCCUGCACUCUGGAGGGCCUCUCCGAGAAGAGAUCCAGGAAUCCCUGACCUCAGAGUAUUUCCAGAUUUGCAAGACAGUCCGGCAUGGUUUUCCUUAUCAGCCCACAGCAUUAGCCUUUGAUCCAGUUCAGAAAAUCUUGGCUAUUGGGACGAGAACAGGUGCUAUACGAAUACUCGGAAGACCUGGUGUUGAUUGUUAUUGCCAACAUGAAAGUGGUGCAGCUGUCCUGCAGCUUCAAUUCUUGAUCAAUGAGGGUGCUUUGGUCAGUGCAGGUUCAGAUGAUACACUUCAUUUGUGGAACCUUAGACAAAAAAGACCAGCUAUUCUUCAUUCUCUUAAAUUUAAUCGAGAACGAAUUACUUACUGUCAUCUACCUUUCCAGAGUAAAUGGCUCUAUGUUGGAACAGAAAGAGGAAAUACACAUAUUGUAAAUAUUGAAUCUUUCAUUCUUUCUGGAUAUGUCAUCAUGUGGAACAAGGCAAUUGAACUAUCCACAAAGACUCAUCCAGGUCCAGUUGUACAUUUAAGUGAUAGCCCAAGAGAUGAAGGGAAACUGCUAAUAGGUUAUGAAAAUGGUACUGUGGUAUUCUGGGACUUGAAAUCUAAAAGAGCAGAACUGAGACUUUAUUAUGAUGAGGCUAUUCAUUCAAUUGAUUGGCAUCAUGAGGGCAGACAGUUCAUGUGCAGCCAUUCAGAUGGUAGCUUGACUUUGUGGAACCUGAAAAACCCAAGCCGUCCUUUCCAGAUCACAAUUCCACAUGGAAAAAGUCAAAGAGAAGGAAGAAAAUCUGAAUCUUGUAAGCCAAUACUUAAAGUAGAAUACAAGACCUGUAGAAACAGCGAACCAUUUAUAAUAUUUUCUGGUGGACUGUCCUAUGACAAAGCUUGCAGAAGACCAAGUUUAACCAUCAUGCAUGGAAAAGCAAUUACAGUACUUGAAAUGGAUCAUCCUAUUGUUGAAUUUCUAACUUUAUGUGAAACACCCUAUCCUAAUGAAUUUCAAGAACCCUAUGCAGUCGUAGUACUUCUGGAGAAAGAUCUCAUUGUAGUUGAUUUGACACAAAGCAACUUUCCAAUCUUUGAAAAUCCAUAUUCCAUGGACAUACAUGAGUCACCAGUUACGUGCACAGCCUACUUUGCUGAUUGCCCACCAGAUUUGAUACUAGUACUCUACGCUAUAGGAGUCAAGCAUAAAAAACAAGGAUACAGUAAUAAGGAGUGGCCAAUCACUGGAGGAGCUUGGAACCUUGGGACACAGACAUAUCCAGAAAUUAUUAUUACUGGUCAUGCAGAUGGAUCAAUAAAAUUUUGGGAUGCUUCUGCAAUGACUCUACAGAUGCUAUACAAGCUAAAGACUUCAAAAGUGUUUGAAAAACAGAAAAUAGGAGAUGGAAAACAAACAUGUGAAAUUGUAGAGGAAGAUCCAUAUGCCAUUCAGAUGAUUUACUGGUGUCCAGAGAGCAGAAUAUUCUGUGUCUCAGGAGUCUCUGCAUAUGUAAUAAUUUAUAAAUUCAGUAGACAUGAAAUUACAACAGAAAUAGUGUCAUUAGAGGUACGGCUUCAGUAUGAUGUUGAAGAUAUUAUUACCCCGGAAACAGAAACAAGUCCUCCAUUUCCAGAUCUUUCAUCUCAGCUUCCUUCUUCAAGGAGUCCUUCCGGGAGCACUAACACUGUGUCCAGUGAAGGAGUAACAAAGGACAGUAUCCCAUGUCUCAAUGUUAAGACACGACCAGUGCGGAUGCCACCAGGUUAUCAAGCAGAACUUGUUAUUCAGUUGGUGUGGGCGGAUGGUGAACCCCCUCAACAGAUUACUAGUCUUGCUGUAAGUUCAGCAUAUGGAAUAGUUGCAUUUGGGAACUGCAAUGGGUUGGCUGUAGUGGAUUUUAUACAGAAGACAGUACUAUUAAGCAUGGGGACCAUUGACCUAUAUAGAUCAAGUGACUUAUACCAACGACAACCACGGUCUCCUCGAAAAAACAAGCAGUUCAUUGCAGACAACUUUUGCAUGCGUGGCCUGUCUAACUUUUAUCCUGAUUUAACGAAACGGAUCCGUACUUCUUAUCAGAGUUUAACUGAGCUGAAUGACAAUCCAGUUCCCCUGGAUCUUGAACGCUGCAAGUCUCCCACUUCAGGACUUCCUACCAGAACUCCUGAGGCAGCACUUGGCUUUAGGAAUGAAAUGCCAGCUGUGAGACAGAGGAAUCAAGUCCAUCAUUUGCCAGUUAAAGGAUCAAGAAAGUUAAGUCUGCCAACAGAUCUUAAGGCUGAUCUUGAUAAUGUGAAUGGACACUGCACAAGCCCAACUUCUCAGAGCUGCAGUUCUGGAAAACGCCUUUCCAGUGCUGAUGUUUCCAAAGUAAACCGCUGGGGUCCGGGAAGACCGCCUUUUCGUAAAGCACAGUCAGCUGCCUGCAUGGAGAUUUCCUUACCAGUUACAACAGAAGACAGCCGAGAAAAUUCCUAUAGUCGUUCUAGAAGCUCUAGCAUUUCCAGUAUUGACAAAGACUCAAAAGAAGCAAUUACAGCACUGUACUUCAUGGAGUCCUUCGCUCGGAAAAACGACUCCACCAUCUCCCCUUGUUUGUUUGUUGGAACUAGUCUGGGGAUGGUGUUAAUCAUGCCCCUGAGCCUGCCUUCAGCAGAGGAACAAAGACUCACAGAGCCAGUCAUGGUAUUGCCAAGCGGUACAUUCCUCUCAUUGAAAGGAGCUGUGCUAACAUUCUCCUGUAUGGAUAGAACUGGCGGAUUAAUGCAGCCACCAUAUGAAGUUUGGAGGGACCCAAACAGCACAGAUGAAAAUGAAAAAUCUUGGAGAAGGAAGUUGGUCAUGAACUGCCCCUCUCUGUCACAGGAAGUAGGAGAUCAUCAGUAUACAAUCGUCUGCUCAGAAAAACAAGCCAAAGUUUUCUCACUGCCUUCUCAGACUUGCCUUUAUGUUCAUAACAUCACCGAGACAUCUUUUAUACUGCAAGCUGAUGUGGUGGUCAUGUGUAACAGUGCCUGCUUGGCAUGCUUUUGUGCCAAUGGGCAUAUCAUGAUAAUGAGCCUGCCUAGUCUUCGCCCAAUGUUGGAUGUUAAUUAUUUGCCACUGACAGACAUGAGGAUAGCACGGACAUUCUGUUUUACUAAUGAAGGGCAGGCAUUAUACCUGGUCUCUCCUACGGAAAUUCAGCGGUUAACGUACAGCCAAGAAAUGUGUGAUAAUCUACAGGACAUGCUGGGAGAUUUGUUUACCCCCAUAGAGACACCAGAAGCUCAAAACAGAGGUUUCCUAAAGGGACUGUUUGGUGGAAGUGGACAAACUUUUGACAGAGAAGAGCUCUUCGGGGAGGCGGCGGCAGGAAAAGCGUCCCGCAGCCUGGCCCAGCACAUCCCCGGCCCCGGCAGCAUAGAGGGGAUGAAGGGCGCUGCGGGCGGGGUGAUGGGGGAGCUGACCCGAGCGAGGAUCGCGCUGGACGAGCGGGGGCAGAGGCUGGGGGAGCUGGAGGAGAAGACGGCGGGCAUGAUGACCAGCGCGGAGGCGUUUUCCAAGCACGCACACGAGUUAAUGCUGAAAUACAAGGAUAAGAAAUGGUACCAAUUCUAACUUCUACAGAAGCUGUGACUGCUUUGAGAAACCAUUAUUCAGGGAAACCAAAUUUAAUUCCCAGCAUCACCAUUCAACCGCUAGAAGCCAGUUUCUUCUAUAAACGUCCGUUACAGCCCAUCUGAAGUUACCGCGAGAGAGACUUGUCAGAGACACUGUACAACCGGAAGGCUGGAACCCUGGCCAGAACCCCGAGGUAUGGCUGCGUUUGCCGUCUCCCCCGUGGAAUGGAGCUGUCGUCUUGGCAUGCCAUUGACUAAGGAUCUACAUUUAGGAACUACGGGGAGUCCUCCUGAUUUGAAAAAAAAACCUGUACAAACAAAAAGCAUUAAUGCACUUAAUGAAAAAAACCUUUGCAUGAUAAAUUAACAUCUUAAGAGGAAAAGAAAAAAAGCAUGUUGUGACAGAAGAAAAAAAGAUUAAUGGUAAACUAUUUUUAUAAAUUGGGCCACAUCCCGCAAUUUAAAAAAUCUGCAUUAGAAGUUAUCAGUGCACUUCUAGUACAUUUACCAUUCAACUGAAAAGGAAAACAAAACCAAAAUUUUCUUCUCAUCUAUAACUUUCAUUAGACUAAAACAUGACUGAAUUCUGGUGGCAAGCAUCUGAUUGACUUUCCUCUCACUCAUAAUAUAUCAUUCACAGUUCUUGGUCAUAAUCAAGUAUUGCCAAUACAGUAAAUUAUCUCUGACACAAUUAUUUCCAUUUCUAUCACUUUCAGAACAAGUUGCCAUUUUUAGUCACAAACCAUGCAGGGUUGGGACACCGCAAAGCAUUUUCCAGCUGGUUUUUCUCUGCAGGGGAGCUGACUGAUAGGUUUGGGAAACUGGACUGAUUCUAGGCACAAUGCAUUUAGCGUGGAGGACUGAUUUCACACCCUCUGGUUUCCGUUUCUGAGGUGGUAGUCUCAGUGCUCCACUGGUGUCCUUGUCUGCCGGUUACACAGUAUAUUACUGUUCACGCCCAGCGGGUCUGCAAUCCAAAGGUGCUCCUGCAGCCGGACACUCAGAGACCAAACUGGUCCUUCUCUUCAACGUGAUUCAGUAAAACCUCAGUUAAUGUUUUGGGAAAGGAAUUCUGAUUUCUUACAUUUCUGAUUAACAAGGGCUUUCAUUAGGAAAUAAUUUUGGUUCAAUAAUCUUUAUAAAAUAUAGUGGUGUUUUUGCUACCUUAGUCACCAUUAUGCACAACAGAAAUACAUAGAGAGUUUAUUGAUACAAAACCAAUAAUUCUGCCGUUCAUUAGACUAAGUGAUAUAAAGUAGAGGGUUAUUGUCAAUAGAUACCAAAUACCUAUUCUUUAUUUAAAAAUGUCUUCAUCAUGAAAUAAAGACCAUCCUUCACAUGACAAAAGGCAUCUAUCAUAACUCAACAGAUGACAACUUGAGGCAAAACAAAAGAAGCACACCUGCUGUCAUUAUUUAACAUGAGGUUGGAAGUCAAAAGAGUAUAUGCAGGUUUAAUAAUAAUAAUAAUAAUGGGUUUGGCUUAUUUAAUUUUGAUUAAUCAAGAUCUUACAAGAUGUACAUUUGUGUCUUAAGAAUUCAGCAUUUCCCUGAAGUCAGGUUCUUUUAAUAGCCAAAAAUAGUAUUUCUUGGGUUUUUUUAAAAAAGAUUUUAAAAAAUCUUUAGGGAAUGUGAAGUGUUACUUCCUUUAAUUGUUCUUAGUCAUUUUGAGAAGAGCCAAGAUGAUUGAAAGAGUCAGCUAAUGUAUGCCAGGAUAGCGUUUCUCAGACUCCUUGAAUUCGCCCAAUGUCUCAUGAAAGCCUCUCCAUGAAGCUCUCCAGAGUCCUGUGAGCAGUUAGGGUAAUGAAAUCAGACUUCAAAAUGCAACACAAUACAUAAAAUGAUAUAGUAAAAAUGUUAAAGAAACUUGAGACCAGGAUUUGGGAAACAUUGGAACUACUUGUACCAUCUUUUUCAAGGACCCAGUUUUCUGAACAAAUAUUUUAUCAUUUCUAUAUUAAAAAAAAAAAACUUUAAAAGACUAAAAUAUUAAUUUUAGGAACAAUGAAAUUCACUCCAAAGUGGCACUAAGUACACUAUCUCUGAAGUCCCCAGUAAGAUCUGAUUAACUUGGCCUGUGUUGGGAUGUCUCAGCCAUGGCUACUGUCCACUCACUCUCCAUUGUGGGGACCGUCCUCUGCACCUUAGGAUGUUCAGCAGCAACCCUGGUCUCUGCCCACCAGAUGCCAGGAGCAACGCCUGAGUAAUGACAAUCACAAAUGUCUCCAGCCAUUGCCAAAACUGCUCCCAAUUGAGAGCCACUGUUCUACAUCAUUUAAGGACAGGUUAAGUGUGAAUAUGUAAUAUAUGUCUAGUAUAAAAUUAAACAUCAUAAGUGCACAGUGUCUUAAGAUAAAUUAUUAUAUCCAAAAUUACAUGUGUGGUUCAUAUGCAAUAAAAUCCUAUUUUGAAGAAAGCUUAUAUGAGUCAGUAAAAAACAACAGUUACAGAAUAUUUUAAAGCCUACAGAGAAAACACCAAAAAAGGAAGCAUAGCAUUUCACAGAAGUGCUUAAAACUCUGGCUUUAACGAAUAGAUAAAAAGUCUAUAAUUAGCACAAUUGGAAGUAAACAGGUGCUUCUGAAAUGCUUGAAAAGAACAGGUUCUUUUUAAAUUAAUCUUUCAAUAUUGUUUAUAUAAGCCCCUACAAUAAGGUAAGGGUAACUUUAUCCCACAAACUCCUGAUUAGUGGAAUACAAAUUAAUGAGGUUUUACUGUAUCAAAAUAAUUUUUAUAAUGCAAAGAGAUAGCAAUAACAAGAAUCUAAUGUGGAUGUGAUUUUCUCUUUGAACAUUUCUGUUGCACUCACCUUAGCACACAUGUGUGCACGCACGCACGCGCACACAUACACACACACAUACACAGCAUCAGCAUCAUUAUCUUUGGCAAACGAGUACUAUUGAUCCAUGUAAUUCUUCACAUCUCUCACAACUGUGUAAAUGUCUUGCCUCUGUCUUAGAGCAUAAGAAAAAUACUCCUAAUAACUAGACAAAGACAGAGCAAACGACUCUGAGCCUUAGUUGUCACAUUCUCUCUGCUAAGGUGGCGUUGGAAAAUGAGGUUUGCAAACCACAGCCUCUCCAAGUUGCCCUCCACCCCUCUGACUCCCUUCUUGUUAUCCCAGGAGAAAACGGGCCUCUGCACCCCCUUCAUCGUUGGGAACCUAGACGCGUUUGUUUUCCUGGUUCUAAUAAGCAAUAACACUUAUCAUGAAAUGGUCCACUUGUCCUGGAGCUAGGAGGGAAGGAUGACUGAUUUGUCAUUUAUUUUAAUCCUCCACAAAAGCAGGACUACUGGUUUUGCUUUCUGCACGUCUCUGAGACCCAGAGUUAGUGGCCCAGUCACCAGCAGGGUCGUUGUCUGACUAACUCUGGCAGGACAGUGGCAGAACGGACUGAGCUGUUUCCCGGUAAUUCAGUCACAGACAUUUUUUCAGAUCUUUUCUAUGGCAUUUGAAUGAUACAGCUAAUAAAUUAGGAUCCAGGGAUUGGUUAGAAGGGUGUUCCUUCUAUUAAUAGUUUGCUGCUGGGUUCCUUUUAUGUGACCCAUGUGACUAGCUUUAAAGGUACCAUCUAUCUGCUAUCUGAAUAAAGGAGGACCUUGACUUUGAAAAAGAAAAUUAAGAUUAGCUCUUUGAGAUACUUGGUUAUAAAAUGUUUGGUAGAGGGAAAAGGAAGAGGGUCUAGAAAAGUGAACUAAAAAUGUUCUCCUUGGUGUAGGAUCAUUGGGACAACCAGGAGCAAACCUGUGUGGGUACAGCUGCCCCUGUGGGUGGGAGGACAUGGGGACUUGACCGCUUUUGUUCCGAAAGGGCCAUGCCAGAGCAGUCAGACAUCCCCGUCGGGCUCUGCAUCCGGAGAGGGACACGAGGAGCCUCCGCAGUGUCCUCACCUCUGUCCUUACAGCCUCAGCCUCAUUUUUGACUAGAUACCACCUCACACUCACUGGCCCACGUGCUAGACAUACUUGCCAGUAAGUUGUGUAUUUGGAUGCCAUCGUCCCUGGGAGCCUGGGUGUCACAUAACAGGUUUAGUGUAUGUAUUUGCAGACAGCAUAACCCUGUAAAGAUGAAAAGCAGAAUAGGUAAGGUCUGACUUGGGAAAAGAGGAGGAAGUGCCAAUUGGGGUGGAGUGGGAAGGGACAUGGAAGCCAGAGUGUAGGGAGUUGGCUGUACAUAAGAAUCACCCGAGGAGUUUUUAAAAUUCCCAAUGAUAUUGAAGUCUCUCAGAGUGGGAACCAAACAUCAGUAUUUUUAAAGCCCCCAGGUGGUUUCAGUGUCCAGCCAAGGCUGAUGACCACUGCCCCAUGGCCAAUUCAGGAAGAAAUAUUUGUCUACCUUGGUUGGUGUCCAAGCCCCACUUCCAAGGGGCCAGGGAAGGCCGGAUGUAGGAGAUACGGUGUCAGCUGGAUUCAUAUUCCUUUUGUGUCACAACCCAAAACAAACGUUUUGUGCACAUUUCUGACCAGCCAGCGCCCCAUUAACUCUUAGCUCUUUUGUGAUCUCCUAUGCAACUUGGCCAGUAAUUAUUCCGAUUCAAACAUCUAGGUUUCGAUUAUCUUCUACAUGUGACAUCACAAAAUAUCAGAAAUAAUGAGAAAAUCAACAGCAUGUAAAGCUACAUGGAAAACCAACUCUCAGUAGUUUCAAAGUGGAAGUACUCAAACAGUCUUACCAAACCAGGUCCAGAUUUAUUACUCACUCAUCAUUUGGAGGAGAGAUGGAUACCAGGUAACAGUUCUGCUAUAGGUGUAUUUUAUUGGACGUGGUCUUAGCAAGGAGGGAGAACAAUUCUUCCUUUUUCAUUGUUAGCUCCGAGGACCACUUGGAUUCAUUUUCUUAGUAACUGGACAUGCAUUUAAAGGGAGAAGAAGGCCUAUAACUCACAUCUGGCCUCCAGGGCCCUGAAAGAGGGCUUUCACCUCCAGAAAGGGAGAGUCUGCCUAGCCAAGGCAACAACAUUCAGAACACUCACAAGACUUCUCUCCUACUGCUCCCCCGGGAACUGGCCCGCCCUUCUCAACUGCAAAGUCAGAAAGUAAACUAGGUGGUGGUUAUGGACAAGUGUACACAGGAUCAAAAUCUUUAAUAACCUAUAAUUUUUAGUACUUAAUUAUGUGAUGUUUUAUUCUAGGAAAUAAGAAACAGAUGAUAUCAUUGAUGUAUCUUUCUUUCAUCCUCAGAAUUUUUGCAUCUUUUCAGAAAAUGACAAAAUACUAUUUUUCUGUUUCACUCAGCAAUUGUGACUAUACUUAAAAUUCUUGUAGUCUGUAGAGAUAUCAAUAAAAUUGUAUAUGUUUGUA